CCGUUAAUCUAAGGAAAGACUACGCUCGCUUCGCUCGCUCCGUAACUACAUGUUACAAUAGGUGAAAAAUUACAUCGCGACUUGCUGAUGAUGCAUGAUAUGCAGACCCUAACAAACACACAAGCUACUGUGUUCUGAUUCGUCACACCUGUGCUCCGAAUCACCGUAAUAUAUUCCCUCCUCGUCACUACCCGCGUCCCUCCGGCGUAUUAUGUCCAUUUUUCUCUGUACCGGUCUGCCUUAUUGACUCCAGACAUGUCACACAGAGUAUGCCCAGCUCGUCGCUGAUCGCCCCCUGCCUCUGCGUGACGCCCCCAGAGCGGCAGCUGCGUGCCGACGUGUCUACUCUCGAAAAGAACGACUACCACCUGAAAUCGCUGGAGGCGGACGCCGACACAGAGCUGCAGCUGCGACAGAAAAUGGCCGAGAGGGCCGAGGCAGAGAUGUCUCAACUGGAGCAGGAUCAACAGAGACAGGAUGACCUGAUUGCUCGCCUGUCAUCGGACGCCGACCGUCUGCGCACGGCCCUCCGUCUGAACCCGGUGCAGACGGGCGUCCAGACGGAGCAGGCCAACCUGCAGCCGGACAGGUGCUGCCAGAGGCGCAGCUCCAACUCGAGACGAUCGGUACGUCAGGAGGGGGCGGGGUGGACAGCUGUUCAGGCCCCGGUGGAUAAACAAUGACUGCUCUGGAUUGGAGCGGCUUAUGGGGCCGAGAAAUCAAGUUUAGAAUUUAGGGAGAGCGAGUAGGUGACUGUAGCCUCGUCUGUUCUGCGGAAGAGGUUGUGCCGGUUUUGCUGCUAAUUGUGAAGCGUGAGGAAUAUAAUUCAUUGAAAUAAAAUGCUUUGCGUCGUUUUCGUCCUUAUCGUGC